UAUUGAAGACUCCGGGACAGAACAUUUUAAAGGCGGAGGGGAUGGCCGAGCAGCAACAGCAGGGAGGAGGGCAGCCCAGGCCAGGGACUCUCAGCAUGUCAGGGGCUGUUCCAGGUCGGCGAAGCAACCUCCGCUUGGCGUUUCCAGGUCAGGGAAGAUCCAAUAACGACCGUCCACAGAACAACCUUGACUUCCCUGCCUCCGGAUACCCUGCGACACAGAUUGCUAGGACCAUGACGACAGUUCCACCCCAGCCAAGGGACAGGAUUACUCGGGGGAUUUACCAGAGCAUCCAGUCAUCCGGCAAACUCAAAAUCUCACCUGAAUUGCAAGUUGAGUUCACAGCGGACGACCUUCGUGAUUUAGGGGAGAUUGGAAGAGGAGGUUUUGGCACUGUCAAUAAAAUGGUGCAUCGCAAGAGCAACACAAUCAUGGCUGUUAAGCGAAUUCGUUCAACAGUUGAUGAGAAGGAACAGAAGCAACUCUUGAUGGAUUUAGAGGUAGUCAUGCGAAGCAACGACUGCCCUUGUAUUGUUCAAUUUUAUGGUGCCAUAUUCAAGGAGGGUGACUGUUGGAUAUGCAUGGAGCUUAUGGACACGUCACUUGACAAGUUCUAUAAAUUUAUAUAUGAACGUUUACAUGAACGUCUUCCAGAAAACAUGCUUGGAAAAAUAACUGUUGCCACACUAACAGCACUAAACUAUUUAAAGGAGAAGUUGAAAAUAAUCCAUCGCGAUGUGAAGCCAUCGAACAUUUUAUUGGACAAGCGCGGCAAUAUCAAGCUCUGUGAUUUCGGCAUUUCUGGCCAGCUUGUGGAUUCCAUCGCCAAGACAAGAGAUGCUGGAUGUAGACCAUAUAUGGCACCGGAACGCAUAGACCCAGCCAGAGCCCGAGGAUACGAUGUUCGCUCUGACGUGUGGUCCCUGGGCAUCACCCUGAUGGAGCUGGCCACAGGGAGCUUCCCGUACCCCAAGUGGAAUUCCGUUUUUGAGCAGCUAACGCAAGUAGUGCAAGGAGAGCCACCACGUCUUUCACCCAACGAGAAUGGCAACACUUUCUCCGAGGAGUUUGUUAGUUUUGUUAAUACAUGCUUAAUAAAAGAUGAAAGCUCACGACCCAAGUAUAAGCAGCUCCUCGAUCACGAAUUUGUCGUGCGAUCGAGAGAGGACCCCAUGGACGUGACAGAGUUUGUUAGCGGCAUUCUGGACAAGAUGGCAAACAACGGACGUGUCAUGUAUACUUACGAUUCUUACAACUGCUGAUGAACUUACUGUCAUAGCACUUGUCUCAUCAUUUUUAACUCUGGGACUACGACUGGAACAGACUUGCUCUGGGGCAAGUUAAAGCAGUGCAGCAUUUAUAUUUUAUAUGUAGGCUGAAUAAUACCAGCUUUGCAAAGAGAGAGAGUAAAAAAAAAAAAUUGUUUGGAGUUUGAAUGCCAGCUUUUAUAUGGCAUUUACAAGUGGCACUGUGUGGCAGCAAAAAAUGGACUGGUUUACUGAUUGACUGUGAUGUGACACCCAGUGUAUGUAAAACAAAGAAGAGUUUUUUCAGUUAUAAGAGUUGUGUAGAAGUUUCUCAAAAAAAAAAAAAAAAGAAAUGGGUGCAGAUAUGAGCCUUAUACAUAGGUAAGAAAAUGGGAUUACAUUGGGUUAUAAGAGGAGACUUGUGGAGGUAGUUGUGUUGUCGUCGCAGAGUAGUUGGCUGGAAUAGUUUUAGAAGCUGUUACAAAUAGCAUUUCUGAUGCAGAGUUCUCUACUGAAUAAGAGGAAUGGUCACCAAAAGAGGAACCAGCAGAAGUGACUUUUAAAAUCAGAAUUUGCCAUUACCACUGGUACAUUAUUGUAGUGAACCUGAUUGUUCCAUUUUUAAGAAUUAAAAAAAAAAAGAAAAAAAAAAGAAAAAAA